AUGUCAUCCUCUGCUGCCCACACAUUGACCACCGGACACCGUCCACCACUAACCCCAUCGCCCUCCUCCUUCUCCAUCGCCUUUUCCACUGAGUGUGCAUUAGCUUUUCAACCAUCGCCCUCAUCUGUUUUUCUCAUUAUCCGACUGAUACUUCCCACUGUCGACACCUCGCUCCAUCUUCGAUCUAGCACCGCUCGUCUACCAUCGAUCACCUCCGAUCAGCACCAGCCAAGGCCGCCCUCCACUCCGAUCGCUGCACUCUUCUCCGAUCCCAGGCGUCCCGACGACCACCAAACGAACAGUUUUCGGGGUGCUGAUACUCGUUAUGGUUUCACACAUGAACUCCAUAAAGCCCUCCAGAAUGUCAAUAUCUCUACCUUUUUUGAUGAUGAAGAUAUGGAAACGGGAGGAGACCUAAAGCCAGACUUGGAGAGUGCGAUUAAAUCAUCUAGGGUUUCAAUCGUCGUGCUGUCCAAGACUUAUGCUAGUUCAUCAUGGUGUCUCAAUGAAUUGAUACUGAUCCUUGAGCAACGAAUAACAUCCAACCAAAUUGUUAUCCCAGUCUUUUACUAUGUUGAGCCCACCCAUGUCAGGAAGCAACAAGAUACCUAUGGAGAUGCAAUGGCUGUACACCAACAGAACAUUGGGGCUGAGCCAGAUGCAGAGAAAAGACGUCAGUUGGCUGAAAAGAUGGAUAGAUGGAUUAAAGCGCUUGAAGCAGUUGCAGAUUUAAAAGGGGUGGACGUAAAGGGAAGGUAA